AGGAUUUGUCUCAUUUGUGUUGGUGUUUUAGGUCGGGAUGGUGACGUAAUGGUCCAGCGAGGACAAGUUUAUUCACAAUAACCUUUACGUCAUUAUCUGUGUCUGCACUUCCUGCAGGGAAUCCGCGAUCACCUUUAGGUAACAGGAAGCCUGUUUGAGAUGCAGACAGAAGAAAUCUUUGAAUCUAGCUUUUGUAAGGAAUGACAAGGAGUCCUGAUUUCUUGGAGCAGAGCAUGCAGACGACCUUCGAAAGGAUUCCUGAGCUGGUGAGAUGGAGGAAGCAUACAUUGAACUAUACCAGCAGUUUCUCCGCCUGAGGUCACUAUGUUUGAGACAGGCAGCCUUGUUGCAUCAACUCGCAAGCACUCAGAAGAACCAGCAAGGUGUCCCCAUUCUUAAUGAAGAGCUGAGUGAUAUGGUGUCUAUCCCUGUCCAGUGUACUCAAGAAAUCCCCGUGAUUUUCCAAGAAAAGCCUCAACCACGAACAGCCAGAGCAGACAACUCUGCAGCAGAGUGUGGCAUCACUCACCUUUCCAGAAACGCGGGGGCUCACUUUGAUCUCCUCACUGACGAUAUGGCCAAGCUGUCUGUGGAUAUACCCUGUCAGAGAAAGGAGGAUGGGAUGUUGGAGCAAAUGGUGUCACCCCUGUUAACCCUGGACUCCUCGAGGUUGCAAGGCGCCUCUUCCUGUGAGUCCAGACCUCAAGGGCAAACAGAUCACCCUGGAAGAGACAGAACUUGGCACAUGAUGAGGAUACCUGCGACAGACAGUCCCUCCCUGAGUCAGUCUGGUGGGUUGCUGAUGUCCGACGUGGCGCUGCAGUCUGAUGUUUGUGAGUUCUGUCAGGCCAUUUUCCCUGGAGACACAACCACCAGAGGAGAGUUCCUGCGACACCUUUACACUCACAUCACCUAGACUAAAUUGGUCCUGCUUCUCCUCCUGACAUACUUAUGAGUUUGUAAGAUGUGCUGUGAUGAAGUAGGUACUGUAUAACUCGGUUAACCCAAUCUUUGGAAACAGCAUUGAAAUGAACCUGGUCUUCAACUGGCUUUUUACCUAUUAAUGAACAUUAAUUUCUGUCAUUUAUAUGUAAACUGAAGGAAGGAAAUUGAUUUUUCAUGCUUGUAUUGCAUAUAAAAUUAUUAAGAUAUUUUAUUUUUAAAGGCUCCAUUCACCCAAAUUUACAUCUGUAAUACUUGUAUUUGUCCAAUUCUGGAAAUGUUUGCUUUUACCAUUGAAAUGUUACAUAAAAAUCCAUCCAUAUAUACUGUACAUCUCUUUGCAGAAUUAGUGGUUAUUCUGUUUCUCUGGGUAAUGCAUUGCACUGACUGUAUCAGUUUUUACAGGACUGUUUCUGUGAAAGCGUUGUUAAUAUAACUCAAUCCAGGCCAGAAGGACAAAAAUCAUCCACUAUGUUUAUUUAAAGCAAAUGUUUCGUUUUAUUUUAUUUUAAUAAAAUUUUUGAAGCACUUCCAGUUACUGUCUGUGAGAAGCAAUAUCGUGUUUAUGAUAUUAAGUAACCGAAAGGGUUAUAUACAUUGUAUAUAGUAUCAUUUUUAGUAUUGUAAGAUCAUUGCAAAAAUUGAAAUUGGUAAUGUUAAGCAUGUUGUCACCCUUAGUCUAUAGCAAAGGUGCCUGGAUGUCACGUGUUAUGCAGGUAUCAUCAUCUUGACUCACUUUGUUGUUGUUGGCAACCUGCCAUAAAACGUGAACCAUUAGGUAGCUGUGACUUUGUUUGCCUUGGUUUUCGACAUAGAUUUGAAUAUUGUUAUGCUUAGCUCCUGUGUGCUAUGAGGAAAACUUUUGUAAGUUAGUUAAAUUGUGUAUGUUUAUUAAUGAGAGAAACUCUCCUUUAUUUUAGUUAUUUCUUUUUAAAAUUUGCAUGGUCAAACUGACUUUUUGUUUGUUUUGUUUGCUGUGUGUUGCAACAGUGCCCAUCUUUGUAUACAGAGGGGUUCACUCAUUAUAAAUAUUCAUAUUUUGUUAUGGAGACAAUUGGCCUUCCUGAUUUCAUGAAUGGUCAGCUGCUGCUUUUUUAGUGUUUGCAGUCAAACAUAAAACUGGAUCAGCUGUGCUCUGCUUUUUGUUACUGGGGAGAGAGUGUAGGCUAAGAAUAGACUCAGAGAUUUAAAGCUGUUAUUAGCGGUGCUGACAGCAGAUUGAUGACGGUGACUCCCUUCAUCUGUUGACUCACAGCGAAGAAAUCCAUUUUGGAUAUAAUUGUUCUUGUGUAAUCAAAAGGCUCAGGGCAGCUUUCCAUAUGAACAUCAACAUUAACAUCUCUGGUAAGUGUAAAAAUGUAAAUCAGUAAGAACAGUAAGAGUCCACCGCCAUGGUUUGAGCUAAAUUCUAACAUGUUCACAGUGAUCACUUUACCAUGUUGUUAAACAGAUGCAGUAUUCACCAUCUUACUUUAGCAUGUUAGCAUGCCAGCAUUUGCUCAUAUGCAAAGUGCUAAUGAUGCUGAGGGGAGAGUCAUACAGGAAUUUCACAAGAGGAUUCAUAAUUGUUUCAAAUCAUCCUCUGGGAACUAUGGAC